CUUUUAAAGAUAAAAAUAGUAACUGUAAUGUCAGCCACCAUGUAAACAGUGGCUUUAUUCAAUUUCAAGGACGGUAGCAAGAUAUACCAAAUUUUGCAUUGUGUUGAAUCUAGACUAGAUCUAGAGUUUUUAAAGCUAUUCAAGGCUAUUGCAUUUACAAAAUGGCUUUAAAUAUGGUUUUAUCGGCUCUAAAGCAGACAGCCAAGCUCAACAUUAUAGCCUGUAAAUUCCACACUCAAGUCACACCAUUAUUAUUUCAAACAUCACAGUUGCUAUGGGCAGAGCCAAUGAAAAAGAAAAAGAGGAUAGACCCCAGUGUCAUUGCUGCACGUGAGGCUAAAAAAAUUAGAAGAAUAGAAAAAGAAAUCAAAAGGCUCACAAAAUUUGGCAGGAUAUUAAAACCCAUCGAAGAAGUAGAAAUAGACAAUCGAAAAUACAGGCUUGCAUUAGAAAGAAAAAGACCUUUACCAAAAUUAACAGCGGAAGAGAAAGAUUAUCGAGAUCUUUUAAUAAAGGAAUGGGGAGCGUACAAAAGUUAUCAGUGGCACUGGGAAGCCAAAAUUAUGGAUCAGCUGACAGAAGCUCAGCAGGAAGCCUUAGAUGAGCUGAAACAAGAAUCAUUAGAGUUAUACCAAGCAGCGUUGCAGAUCGACUACUCUUGUGUGCCAAUUGAAUUUCAAGGACCUAAAGAAACUCCACCCAAAAAAGAUUACCCAGCUCCUGAUGGAGAAUAUGUUGAUACAACAAGAAAAUAUUAAAAACGUGUUUUUAAAAACAUCUGAA